AUGGCGCACAGCGGUCGGUGGCGCUUCCCUGCCCGGCCCGGCAGCGGCGGCUGGGGCCGCCGGGGCCUGGGGGGGUCCCGGCUGCGGGUGCCGGCCGUGCGGAGCCUGCGAGCCGCUGAGCCGGCGGCGGCGCCGGCGGCGGCGGGCGAGGGGGAGCGCGGCGGCCCGUGCUCUGGCGGGGCGGCGGGAAGCGGGGGAGGCGGGGCAGCGCCGGGCUCCGGCGGCUCCGGGGGCCCCGCGGCCGGGGUGGGACCCGGCUUCGACGCGGCGCUCCAGGUCUCGGCCGCCAUCGGCAUCAACCUGCGGCGGUUCCGCGCGGCCUGCGGCGCUGAGGCGGGCAGCGGAGAGGAUGAACAGUUUUUAGGUUUUGGUUCAGAUGAAGAAGUCAAAGUACGAAGUCCCACCAGGUCCCCCACAGUUAAAUCUAGUCCACGGAAACCUCGCGGGAGGCCCCGGAGCAGCUCUGACCGAAGUUCAGCUGUACUAUCAGACUCUUCAUCAGUGUGUUCCCCUUCGAGCAAGUCUGAAACCACAUCCAUGGAGAAAGUAAAGAAGAAGGAGAUGAAGAGUGGGGAAAAAAGACGAGGAAGACCUCCAACGCUAACGAGCGUGAAGUUCAAAUUGUCACAAGUAAAGGACGCAUCGGACAUUCAGAAGGGCAGCAAAGAAGAGAAAGAGAGUCUGAAAAAAAUCAAAAGGUCACCAUCCACUACAUUUCAGCAAGCAACUAAAAUCAAGAAAUUAAGAACUAGUAAGCUCUCCCCACUGAAAUCUAAAUUUAAGCCUGGGGCGAAACUUCAGAUUGGGAGGAAGAGCGUUCAGAUCGUGCGCAGAAGAGGUAGGCCACCAUCCUCUGAACGUUUAAAGACUUCCUCGACCUUAGUCAUAAACUCGCAGCUGGAGAAACCCCAAAGGAUUCGCAAAGAAAAGGAUGGCACGCCACCUCUUACGAAAGAAGAAAAGACUGCUGUCAGACAGAGUCCACGCAGGAUUAAGCCUGUUAGGAUUAUACCUUCCACCAAAAGGACGGAUGCCGCAAUUGCUAAGCAGCUCUUGCAGAGGGCUAAAAAGGGGGCACAAAAAAAGAUUGAGAAGGAAGCAGCCAAACUGCAGGGCAGGAAGGGGAGAACCCAGCUCAAAAAUAUCCGUCAGUUCAUCAUGCCGGUUGUGAGUGCUAUCUCUUCACGGAUUAUUAAAACACCCAAACGGUUCAUUGAGGAUGAAGACUAUGAUCCUCCUAUUAAAAUAUCCAGACUAGAAUCCACACCAAACAGCAGGUUCAGCGCUACGUCUUGUGGCUCCAGUGAAAAGUCCAGCGCUGCUUCUCAGCAUUCGUCUCAGAUGUCUUCGGAUUCCUCACGGUCCAGUAGCCCCAGCGUGGAUACGUCUACAGACUCCCAGGCUUCCGAGGAGAUGCAGACGCUUUCUGAGGAGCGAAGCAAUACUCCAGAAGUUCACGCACCGCUGCCUGUUUCUCAGUCCCCUGAAAAUGAUAACAGUGAUAGGAGAAACAGAAGAUUUUCGAUAACAGAAAGAAGUUUUGGCCAGAGAACUGCUAAAAAGCUGUCGGCCUUACCAAGCGUGCCACAGCAGCAGUCCUCCUCCUCUCCUCCUCCCCCUUUGCUCACUCCCCCCCCACCGCUGCAGCCUGCUUCCAGCAUCUCAGACCAUACCCCUUGGCUUAUGCCUCCUACCAUACCGUUAGCCUCACCCUUUCUUCCUGCUUCUGCUGCGCCAAUGCAAGAGAAACGGAAGUCGAUUCUACGAGAGCCAACAUUUAGGUGGACCUCCCUGAAGCAUUCUAGGUCAGAACCACAGUACUUCUCAUCAGCAAAAUAUGCCAAAGAGGGUCUUAUUCGCAAACCGAUAUUCGAUAACUUCAGACCCCCACCGCUGACACCGGAGGAUGUUGGCUUUGCAUCUGGCUUCUCAACGCCAGGUGCGACAGCUCCAGCACGUCUGUUUUCUCUUCACUCUGGAACGAGGUUUGAUAUGCACAAGAGAAGUCCUCUGCUGAGAGCGCCCAGAUUCACACCGAGCGAGGCCCACUCCAGGAUCUUUGAAUCUGUAACUCUGCCCUCGACGGUUGGUCGCACCACUACAGGAACCUCUGCAACAGGUGUCUCCUCUCGGAAGAGGAAGAGGAGAGUGUUUAGCCCCAUCCGAUCGGAACCCAGAUCUCCUUCGCACUCCAUGAGGACGAGAAGCGGGAGACUUAGUACCUCUGACCUGACAACUCUCACCCCACAGUCUUCUGUCUCUUCCUCAUUAACUAGCAUUUCUGUUAGUUCUCUUGCCACUAGUGCCUUAAAUUCAACUUUUACUUUUCCUUCCCAUUCCCUAACGCAGUCUGGGGAAUCAGCAGAAAGAAGCCAGAGACCGAGGAAGCAGACUAGCACUCCAGCGGAGCCUUUCUCAUCUAGUAGCCCUACUCCUCUCUUCCCCUGGUUCACGUCGAGUCCCCAGACAGAGAGAGGCAGAAACAAGGACAGGGCAGUGGAGGAACUCUCCAAAGAUAAAGACGCUGACAAAAGCCUGGAGAAGGACAAGAGCAGAGAGAAAGACAGAGAGAGAGAAAAGGAGAACAAACGGGAGUCAAGGAAAGAGAAAAGGAGAAAAGGGUCAGAAAUUCAGAGUAGCUCUGCUUUGUUUCCUGUAGGUAAAAUGCCCAAAGAAAAAGUUGUCAGCGAAGACGUUGCAGCAUCAUCAUCUGCCAAAAAAACUGCCGGGCGGAAGAAGUCUACAGCAAUAGAUUCCGCAGCAGAUGUUUCCACUGCUGCUCUGGUAGAUACGGCAGCCAUCAAAACCAAAACGUCCAAGAAAGGUAGAGGGGGGUUAGACAAAUCGGAUCUGGACCUCAGUCCUGCUGUGCCAUCUUUAGAGAAGGAAAAAGCCCUGCGUCUUUCUGCUCCUUCGUCAAGCACUGUUAAACAUUCCGCUUCCUCCAUCAGCUCUAUGUUGGCUCAGGCAGACAAACUGCCAAUGACUGACAAGAGGGUGGCCAGUCUUCUGAAAAAGGCAAAAGCCCAGCUGUACAAGAUUGAGAAGAGCAAGUCCCUCAAACAAGCAGAUCAGCCAAAAGCACAGGGACAAGAGAGUGAUUCAUCGGAAACGUCAGUCCGAGGACCACGAAUAAAACAUGUUUGCAGGAGAGCAGCUGUUGCGCUGGGCCGCAAGCGAGCAGUGUUUCCUGAUGACAUGCCCACUCUGAGUGCCUUACCAUGGGAAGAACGGGAGAAGAUACUGUCUUCCAUGGGGAAUGAUGAUAAGUCAUCAAUAGCUGGCUCAGAAGAGGCUGAACCUCUUGCUCCACCUAUCAAGCCAAUUAAGCCAGUUACAAGAAACAAGGCACAGCAAGAACCUCCGGUGAAGAAGGGCCGACGCUCAAGGCGCUGUGGGCAGUGUUCGGGCUGUCAGGUUCCAGAGGACUGUGGUGUCUGUACUAACUGUCUAGACAAACCCAAGUUUGGUGGGCGCAAUAUAAAGAAGCAAUGCUGCAAAAUGAGGAAAUGUCAGAAUCUACAGUGGAUGCCUUCAAAAGCAUAUCUCCAGAAACAAGCUAAAGCUGCAAAAAAGAAAGAGAAGAAAUCAAAGACAAAUGAAAAGAAAGAAAGCCAUUCUGGAAAGAACCAAUUGGACUCUGGACAGAAGCAAACUCCUCAGACUAUCGUAUCGAGGGAAGACAAUGCUGUAAAGAAGAGCAGCGAACCUGCCCGUAAGCCCGUUGAGGAAAAGCAUGAGGAUGGGAAUUCCUCCGUUCCAGUGUCAGAGCCCAAACAGGUCCCUGCAUCUGGUACCAGAAAGGCUGGCAAGCAGGCGUCCCAGCCAGUGCAGCUCCCUCCUUCUCAGCCACCGAGCUCAGGACCUUUGAAAAAAGAAGCACCUAAACUUACCACUUCUGAGCCUAAGAAAAAGCAGACUCCCCAGCCAGAAAUAGGCACAGAACAAAGCAAACAGAAAAAAAUUGCUCCCCGUCCAACUUUCCCUGUGAAACAGAAACCAAAAGAAAAGGAAAAGCCCCCUCCUAUAAGCAAGCCAGAAAGCAGCACGCUGAAUUUGCUCAGCACUCUGACUAACGGAAGCAGUUCCAAGCAAAAGCCACCUACAGAUGGAGUCCACAGAAUCCGAGUGGAUUUCAAGGAGGACUGUGAAGUGGAGAAUGUUUGGGAGAUGGGUGGGUUAGGCAUCGUCACCUCGGUACCUAUUACUCCCAGGGUGGUCUGUUUUCUCUGUGCCAGCAGUGGACAUGUGGAGUUUGUGUAUUGUCAGGUCUGUUGUGAGCCUUUCCACAAGUUCUGCUUAGAGGAGAGCGAGCGGCCCCUGGAGGACCAGCUGGAAAACUGGUGCUGCCGUCGCUGCAAGUUCUGCCACGUGUGUGGGAGACAGCACCAGGCCACCAAGCAGUUGCUGGAGUGUAACAAGUGCCGGAACAGCUAUCACCCUGAGUGCCUGGGCCCAAACUACCCAACAAAACCCACCAAGAAAAAGAAAGUUUGGAUAUGUACCAAAUGCGUUCGCUGCAAGAGCUGUGGAUCAACAACACCAGGCAAAGGGUGGGAUGCACAGUGGUCUCAUGACUUCUCGCUGUGUCAUGAUUGUGCCAAACUCUUUGCUAAAGGAAAUUUUUGUCCUCUCUGUGACAAAUGUUAUGAUGAUGAUGACUAUGAGAGCAAGAUGAUGCAGUGUGGGAAAUGCGACCGCUGGGUCCACUCCAAAUGUGAAAACCUUUCUGAUGAAAUGUAUGAGAUACUCUCUAACUUGCCUGAGAGUGUAGCAUACACCUGCAUUAACUGUACAGAGCAGCAUCCUGCAGAGUGGCGUCUGGCACUGGAAAAGGAGCUGCAGGUUUCCUUAAAGCAGGUUUUAACAGCCCUGUUGAAUUCUAGAACUACUAGCCACUUACUGCGGUAUCGACAGGCAGCAAAACCACCUGAUUUAAAUCCUGAGACGGAAGAAAGUAUCCCAUCCAGAAGCUCUCCUGAAGGUCCCGAUCCUCCUGUCCUAACAGAAGUCAGUAAACAGGAGGAGCAGCAACCUCUGGAUCUGGAAGGAGUGAAAAGAAAAAUGGAUCAAGGAGGUUACACUUCUGUGUUGGAUUUUAGUGAUGAUAUCGUGAAGAUAAUUCAAGCAGCCAUUAAUUCCGAUGGAGGGCAGCCAGAGGUUAAGAAAGCCAAUAGCAUGGUCAAGUCCUUCUUUAUCCGGCAAAUGGAGCGUGUUUUUCCAUGGUUCAGUGUAAAAAAGUCCAGAUUUUGGGAGCCAAAUAAAGUAACAAGCAACAGUGGUAUGUUGCCGAAUGCGGUGCUGCCCCCUUCGCUUGACCAUAAUUAUGCUCAGUGGCAGGAGCGUGAAGAGAACAACCGCACUGAACAACCGCCUCUGAUGAAGAAAAUCAUUCCAGCUCCAAAACCCAAAGGGCCUGGAGAGCCAGAUUCACCAACUCCUCUACAUCCUCCUACACCGCCUAUCUCUAGCUCUGACAGAAGCAGAGAGGAUAGUCCUGAACUUAACCCACCUCCGGAUGUAGAAGACAACAGGCAGUGCGCGUUGUGCCUGAAAUAUGGUGAUGACAGUGCUAAUGAUGCUGGACGUCUUCUCUAUAUUGGCCAAAAUGAAUGGACACAUGUGAACUGUGCUUUAUGGUCAGCAGAAGUAUUUGAAGAUGAUGAUGGUUCUCUGAAAAACGUGCACAUGGCUGUGAUCAGGGGAAAGCAGCUGAGAUGUGAGUUCUGCCAGAAGUCAGGUGCCACAGUAGGCUGCUGCCUCACUUCCUGUACAAGUAAUUAUCAUUUUAUGUGCUCGCGAGCCAAGAACUGUGUCUUUCUGGACGAUAAGAAAGUUUACUGCCAGAGGCAUCGUGACUUGAUCAAAGGAGAGGUGGUUCCUGAGAAUGGGUUUGAAGUUCUUAGGAGAGUUUUUGUGGACUUUGAAGGGAUCAGUUUGAGAAGAAAAUUUCUUAGUGGCUUGGAACCAGAGAACAUCCACAUGAUGAUUGGUUCAAUGACGAUAGACUGUUUAGGGAUUCUGAAUGACCUCUCAGACUGUGAAGAUAAGUUGUUUCCCAUUGGCUAUCAGUGCUCCAGGGUGUACUGGAGCACAACAGAUGCCAGGAAGCGCUGUGUAUAUACCUGCAAGAUCAUGGAGUGCCGACCUCCGGUCAUAGAACCUGACAUCAACAGCACUGUAGAGCAUGAUGAUAACAGAACAAUUGCCCAUAGCCCAGUUCCCCUUACAGAAACUCUACCUAAAGACAGCCGAAAUACACCUGAAAUUGUAAACCCACCAUCACCUGAUCGUCCCUUGCAUUCUCAGACCUCUAGUUCCUGUUACUAUCCAGUGGUCUCAAAGGGUCCCAGGAUCAGGAUGCCGAGUUAUCCAUCCACACAGAGGUCUCCCGGCUCUAGGCCAUUACCCUCUGCAGGAAGUCCUACCCCAGUGACGCAUGAAAUAGUGACAGUAGGAGAUCCUUUACUGUCCUCUGGACUUAAGAGCAUUGGUUCUAGGAGACACAGCACCUCCUCUUUGUCACAGCAGCAAUCAAAACUCCGGAUGAUUUCCCCUACGCGAGCCGGGAACACUUAUUCCAGGCACAGUGUAUCUUCAGUUUCCAGCAUGGGGUCCUCUUCAGAACAUGAACCGACCGUCAAAAGUACUGACCGCUUUGUGGGAUCUGUGAAUGCAGGUACUCCAAGCGCUCCAGUUCAAAGUUGCUCUACCAGUUCAGGCUCCCAGAAAACAGCGGCUACAAGUGGAAGUAAAACUUAUCAUCUGGAUGCCUCUCAGUCUACGGAAGGAAAGCAUUCUAGCAGUUCAGAUUUGAUAGCCAAAGGUGCCCCUUCUAAGGGAGAGAAGAUGAAAACGCUAACCUCAAAGGACCCAGAUUAUUCAGCUCAUAGUUUUGCUUCUGGAGGAAACUCCAAAAUGUCCACUCAACCAAGCAGUUCAUCAGGUGCAGAAAUGAAUGUUAAAAUAGGAACCUUUCAGGAAUGUUCAGGAUCAUUUUCUUCCAAAGAAGCAAUAUCCUUUCCACCUGUGCAUCAGAGAGGCCCAAGGAAAGACAGAGAUCAGCACGUGGAACCCGUACAGCCAGAGAAGACGACUGUGGUUGAUGAGAUGGAUGUGAAGACCUUGAAGUCUGCUGGAGUAAAUAGCAGAUCUCCUGCAGCAAGUGAGCAGGUAGUUUCUGCCCCUAGAGACAGGCGUCAGAAGGGGAAAAAGUUAAUGAAAGAUAGUUUUAAAGAGAAGCAUUCCCUGAAAUCUCUUACAGAUUCAAGUCAAGCAGUAGGCAGUGAUGAGGGAAACCUGAAACAAGAAUUUGGUAAUCAGGGUUUGGCAACUGAACAAAUCAGCCAGAGGUUGUGUAAUAAUAUUCUGGCUGAAAAAGCUGGUGAGAAGUCUCCACCUUCACAAGGCCCGUCUAAAGGUUCUGCAGUGCAGAUGGAAGUGGCCUCUAAGGAAUCGCAGGCACCUAGAAAACGCACUGUUAAAGUCACUCUGACUCCUCUCAAAAUGGAAAGUGAAAACCAGUCUAAAAAUGCACAGCCAGAAAGUGAUGCCGAACCUCAGUCUGCAGGAGCAGAACUGGCCACUUUGGCGGAGCCCUCCUCAACUUCAGAAAGCCCGGAGGAUGACCCUGUAGUUCAGGGAAGUCCAAAUGAAGCACCAGCACAGGAAUCUCAAAAUAAUGCAUAUGAAAAUUUGCCCGUUCAAGAUAACAACUUGAUGCUCCAAGAUGGAACUAAAGCUCAAGAAGAAGGCUCGUACAAGCGGAGGUAUCCACGGAGAAGUGCUCGGGCCAGAUCCAAUAUGUUCUUUGGAUUGACUCCUCUGUAUGGCGUGAGGUCUUACGGAGAGGAAGACAUUCCCUUCUACAGUAACUCAACUGGGAAGAAGCGAGGGAAGCGGUCUGCAGAAGGACAAGUGGAUGGCGCGGAUGACUUGAGCACAUCAGAUGAGGACGACUUAUACUACUAUAAUUUCACUAGAACGGUGGUUUCCUCGAACACGGAGGAGAGGCUUGCAUCCCAUAGUUUAUUCAGGGAGGAGGAGCAGUGUGAUCUUCCAAAAAUCUCACAGCUAGACGGUGUGGAUGAUGGAACUGAAAGUGAUACAAGUGUCACGGCAACAACAAGGAAAGUCAGUCAAGUAACUAAAAGGAGCGGUAAAGAAAACGGAACAGAGAACUUAAAGCUAGAUAGAACUGAAGAAGCUGGAGAGAAAGUACAAGUCACCAAGAGCUCCACUGUCCACAAAACUGACCCAAAGAUUGAUAACUGCCAUCCUGUGAGCAGGGUUAAAGCGCAAGGUCAGGACUCGCUGGAAGCUCAGCUGAGCUCGUUGGAAACGGGCCGCAGGGCACACGCAAGCACACCUUCUGACAAGAACUUACUGGACACUUUUAACACAGAACUUCUGAAAUCCGACUCUGACAAUAACAACAGCGAUGACUGUGGGAACAUCCUCCCUUCUGACAUCAUGGACUUUGUACUAAAGAACACGCCAUCUAUGCAGGCGUUGGGAGAAAGCCCGGAGUCCUCAUCAUCUGAACUUCUAACGCUUGGAGAAGGUUUAGGUCUCGACAGCAACCGCGGCAAGGAUAUGGGUUUGUUUGAGGUGUUCUCCCAGCAGCUGCCAACCGCCGAGCCGGUGGAUAGCAGCGUCUCUUCCUCCAUAUCGGCAGAGGAGCAGUUUGAGUUGCCGCUGGAGCUUCCUUCCGAUCUCUCUGUUCUGACCACUCGCAGCCCUACGGUGCCCAGCCAAAAUCACAACAGGCUCGCCGUCAUCUCGGAGUCUUCGCUCUCCUCCUCAGGAGAGAGGUCGAUGCUUGCCUUACCUUCCACGGAGUCUGGGGAAAAGAGAGUGACGGUCACAGAAAAAUCUGCCUCGGGGGAAGGUGAUACAGCUCUCCUGAGUCCAGGAGUAGACCCGAGCCCCGAAGGACACAUGACUCCCGAUCACUUCAUCCAGGGUCACAUGGAUGCAGAGCAUAUAGGCAGCCCGCCCUGCGGCCCCGUCGAGCAAGGGCACAGCAGCAACCAGGAUUUAACAAGAAACAGCGGGACUCCAGGUAUCCAGGUACCAGUAUCGCCCACCGUUCCCCUCCAGAGCCAAAAGUACGUGCCAAACUCCACGGACAGUCCCGGCCCUUCACAGAUCUCCAACGCUGCGGUGCAGACAACACCGCCCCACCUCAAGCCAGCUGCAGAAAAACUUCUGGUAGUCAAUCAAAACAUGCAGCCACUGUACGUCCUCCAAACUCUUCCCAAUGGUGUCACUCAAAAGAUACAGUUAACACCUUCUGUUAGUUCUGCGCAGAGCGUGAUGGAGACCAACGCUUCGGUGCUGGGGCCCAUGGGGACUGGGCUCACACUGACCACGGGAUUAAAUCCGAGCUUGCCCUCAUCUCAGUCGUUAUUCCCUCCCACGAGCAAGGGGCUGCUGCCCAUGUCCCAUCACCAGCAUAUACAUCCCUUCUCCACAGCCACUCAGACUGGCUUCCCACCAAAUAUCAGCAGUCCUUCUCCAGGUCUUCUGAUUGGUGUGCAGCCACCCCCUGAUCCUCAGCUCUUAGUGUCUGAAGCUAGUCAGAGGACAGACCUUGGUACCACUGCUUCUACACCAGCUGCUGCCCUGGGCAAGAAACGGCCCAUAUCCCGUCUGCAGUCACGGAAGAAUAAGAAGCUGGCUCCCUCUGGAACCCCUUCUGCUGUAGCUCCUCCUGAUAUGGUUUCCAACAUGACCUUAAUUAAUUUUGCUCCUUCCCAAAUUUCCAACCACCCCUUGGAUUUGGGAACCAUUGCGAAUUCAACAUCCCAUAGAACCGUCCCCAAUAUUAUCAAAAGGUCCAAGUCUGGGGUCAUGUAUUUUGAGCAAACGUCUUUGCUCCCGCAAGGUGGGGCCACCACUGCAGUCGGCACGUCUCCCAGUGUUAUCGGGCCAGAUGCUGGUCACCUCCCAGCGGGGCCUGUAUCAGGCCUAGCAUCGAGUUCCUCGGUGCUGAACGUCGUAUCCAUGCAGGCCACGGCAGCCCCUACUACUGGUGGGUCUGUCCCUGGUCACGUUUUGGGGCAAAGUUCAGUAACAUUAACUAGCCCUGGAUUAUUAGGGGACCUUGGUUCAAUAAGCAACCUCCUGAUCAAAGCUAGUCAGCAAAGCCUUGGUCUUCAGGAGCAGCACAUGACUUUACCACCAAGUUCUGGGAUGUUUUCACAACUGGGAGCAUCUCAAACUCCAUCUACAGCAGCAAUGACAGCUGCAUCAAGCAUAUGCGUUCUGCCUUCAGCACAGACGAUGGGCAUGACAGUUGCUCCGUCGUCUACUGACCCAGAAGGCUCUUACCAGCUUCAGCAUAUGACACAACUCUUAGCCAGCAAAACCGGGGUUGCUUCCACCCAGCUGGACCUCGGUACGGCUUCGGCAACGACGCAGUUGUCGAGCUUUCCGCAGCUAGUUGAUGUUCCCAAUAAUACCGGCCUUGAACAAAACAAGGUUUCCUCAUCAGUGAUGCAUGCCAGUUCAGCAUCUCCUGGAGGCUCCCCGUCAUCUGGUCAGCAGUCUGCGAGUAGCUCCAUGCUGGGUCCCACGAAAAUGAAGCCGAAAAUCAAACGCAUUCAGCCAUUGUUAGACAAAGGGAACGGAAAGAAGCACAAAACUUCUCAUGUGUGGACCAGUUCCUCUGAAGCACACGUUCCCGACAGAGGGGCCAUUGCUGUACCCCAGGUCUCGGCUACAGGGACUCCUGCUAUGAAGGCAGAUACACAGGACGCAGCAAGCGUAGAUCAGCCAUCACAGAAACAAUGUGGCCAGUCUGCAGGGCAAACGGCAGUCCUCCCAGAAUCUCAAUCAACACAGAACUCAACAAAUGAGCAAGAACAUGCAGGCUCAAAAGCUCUCGAGGAAGAAGAGAGCACUUUCAGCUCCCCACUUAUGUUUUGGCUUCAGCAAGAACAAAAGAGGAAAGAGUGUCUUGGUGAGAAGAAACCAAAGAAAGGUUUGGUUUUUGAGAUCUCUAGUGAUGAUGGUUUUCAAAUCUGCGCAGAAAGCAUUGAAGAUGCCUGGAAGUCACUGACUGACAAAGUUCAAGAAGCCCGUUCUAAUGCCCGCCUGAAACAGCUAUCUUUUGCAGGUGUGAAUGGUUUGAGGAUGCUGGGGAUUAUCCAUGAUACCGUUGUGUUCCUGAUUGAGCAGCUGUACGGAGCAAAGCACUGCCAUAACUACAAGUUCAGAUUUCAUAAGCCAGAGGAGGCCAAUGAACCUCCUCUGAAUCCACAUGGCUCUGCUAGGGCUGAGGUCCACCUGAGGAAAUCUGCAUUUGAUAUGUUUAAUUUCUUGGCUUCUAAACACCGACAGCCACCAGAAUACAACCCAAAUGACGAGGAAGAGGAAGAAGUACAGCUGAAAUCAGCCCGGAGGGCGACUAGUAUGGAUCUGCCAAUGCCCAUGCGCUUCCGACACUUGAAGAAGACCUCCAAGGAGGCAGUUGGUGUCUACAGGUCUCCCAUCCAUGGCCGGGGUCUUUUCUGCAAAAGGAACAUCGAUGCAGGUGAGAUGGUGAUCGAAUAUUCAGGCAAUGUCAUUCGCUCCAUCCUCACUGACAAACGAGAGAAAUACUACGACAGUAAGGGGAUCGGUUGCUACAUGUUCCGCAUUGACGACUCUGAAGUGGUGGAUGCCACCAUGCAUGGGAACGCAGCCCGCUUCAUCAAUCACUCCUGUGAGCCCAACUGCUACUCCCGGGUCAUCAACAUUGAUGGCCAGAAACACAUUGUCAUCUUCGCCAUGCGCAAAAUCUACCGAGGGGAAGAGCUCACGUACGACUACAAGUUCCCUAUUGAAGACGCCAGCAACAAACUGCCCUGUAACUGCGGCGCCAAGAAGUGCAGGAAGUUUUUAAACUAGAACUUCCAUCAGCUGCAAGUGAGCCCUGAAGGGCCUGGGGCGAACCAAAGCUUCAAGUGAAUCCCUCCCCCGCUGCUCAGAUAGGACGGGGAGGCCGGAGGCAGGAAUGAAGAUCGGCUGGGCUCAGGGACCUGACUGGCGGCUGUGUUUCUCUGUCAGAGUCCACAUCUUCAUGUCUCGCAUGCGCACACUUACCCUUGUGAAAGACGUGGGCGACUGGAGAAGAUCCUCAGCGUGAUUAUGUUUUUGCUAUUCUCAUUUCCCCCCGCCCCUGGUAUUUGUUUCUUGGCGUGGGGCUAAUGAGCAGGAGAGGGGAGGGGAGGUCGGCCCAGGCCCAAGCGUGGGGGAGCGAUCGUGGGUCCUGUCGCUCUAUCCCUCUCUGUCUCUUGGCUCAGAGUGCUGAACGUGGCGUUCUCCUCCUCUGCCUCGUUUGAGGCCUGUGUCAGAAGUUCGGUAGCACAGUGUUUGAGUGAGCUUUCCUCCUAGGGAGAGAGUGCACCCCACCAACCGGCUUACCCCGAGGACUGUGUGCGUGUCUGCGGUUCCUUCUGCUGCACGUCUGCAAAACACUAGUUGUGAGGCAGCUGGCGUACUGCGUGGCGCAGGGAGGCUAGUGCGUUGCGUGGCUCUGGCUCGUCUGGUUGCAUCUAGGAAGGCCGAACUGGGGAGAGCGGAACAGAGCAGCCCACAACUAGGCUGAAGAGGGUUUGGGUAGCGCUUCGCUCUGAAAUCCCUGCCCUGAGCAUAGGGGAAUUCCUGGCAUUCUUUGGCAGAGAGAGGGCUUGUGCCAACAGUUAUGGCACUGUAAAUCUUUGCGAGCAAAGGUUUCCUUUCAACAGCACCCUCCCUCUCUGGCUUCAUAGGAGGAAAGUAGUCCUUUCCCCG